AUGUCGUUUUCAUCAGUGAUAAUUCUCAUUUGCUCAAUUGCUGGUACGUUCGCAGCAAAUGAAUGUCCGAAGAUUGUCACGCAAAAGAAUUUUGACAUUAACAAGUAUUUUGGUUUUUGGUAUGAAGCAUAUCGAAAUGAAAAUUUGUUCGAAAUUGGCUACACUUGUUCUAAUGCAACAUACACAAAAAAUGAUGAUGGAUCAGUAGGUGUAUGGAAUCAAGCUCACAAUGCUGUUGGCACAUAUGAGAGUAUUAAGGGCACUGCUAGAGUUAAAAAUGCCUCAGAACCUGCAGCUUUCGAGCUUGACUUUCCCAAACCCAUUCCAAAAGGUGACUACAAUGUUAUUAUUUCAAAUUAUAUCGAUUAUUCGCUCGUGUACUCUUGUAAUAUUAUACCAUUUUUCAAUGUUAAAUAUGAAUUAAUUUGGAUUCUAUCACGAGCGAAAACAAUAACACCAUCGAUAUUCAAUGAGCUAAAAACAAUUCUAGUAAACAUGGGUGCUGAUGUGUCAAGUCUCCAACCAACAUUACAGAAUUGCUAA